UGACCCCACGACCUUCCAGCUUGUAGCAUAGCCCCUCAACCAACUACACUACCGCGUGCCCCCUUCAGAUAGGGGUAUUAAUAUUAAAGAAUUCUGAUACAGUAUUGUGAAGCAAUUUAUUAAAAAGCAUCUUUGAAUUUAUAGUAUAGUUUUUCUUUUAUCAUGAAUUAUUACAUUUUCAGUACUUAUGUUCUAUUAUUAGACUUCAGACUUAAACGAUAUCAUUCAGUUUUCAUCAUGUGUAUAUUCAUUAACCAGUUUUGCAGCUAAUUGUCAUGAUCACUUAAUAAACAGCCUUAUAUGCUACCAAAAAUUGUAAUAAACAUUUUGCUGAAUGUGUUAAAACACAUAACCAUAAAAACUAGACACUCAGCUGAUCAGCACAAGUGAUCAGAAACACCCCCUACAUAUAUUUGGGGGGAGGGGUGCUUUCUAUCUGCUCUUAAUGCUAUCUGGACACAAUUGUCAGUUUGGCUUUUAUGUACAAUCCAUAAGCACUACAUUUUACUGUGUACUUUCUGAUACAGUGCAGUGUACCGCAGUUCAAAAAUCUCGUACACUGUAUAUUACAUUAAAAUGAAAACAGUAAUUUUGAAAAACACAAACUUCAGCAGUUAUGUCAUAAGUCUCCAUUAGAUUUAUGAAAUUAUUUAACAUUGAAAUAUGCUUUUAUAUACUUAUUGGGACCACAAAAGUAGAAUUCAGUGUAUGUGAAAAUGUUGUUAUGAAGAUAUCAUUGAAGAUAUUCCACUUCACUGCAGGUGUUUCUUCUUUUUUGCUGUAUCUUCUGCCAUGACUGCUAAUCGUAUUCAUUAUGAUGUUUCUAGGUCUGGCAAGUUUGCCACAACAAGUCUUACCUUCUCUUGAACAAUUCACCAAGCUUGUACUGUGGUUUGGCAAUGAUAUUGGAUCAUGGGAUGCAGCAAGGAAUUUUGCCAAGAAACUUGGAGAAAAUAGGUGUUAUUUUGUUAGGCCCAUUGAAAAGCAUCCUUCACCAUCAGUGGCAGUGUUAGAUAACCAAGAUUUAAAGGCCAUUAUAACAGGGGCACAGCCAAUAUGGCACCAAGCUAUAACGACAUUUUCCAGUUUAAGGCAAGAUGUCUUAUCAGAGCUUCAAAACAAUGAAAAAGUGCAAGGUGUGAAGUGGAAAAGAUAUCCAGCUCUGAACCGAAUUCUUAAAGGACAUCGUCGUGGUGAAUUUACAGUUCUCACUGGACCCACAGGCAGUGGUAAAACAACAUUCAUGAGUGAAUAUUCAUUAGAUCUAGCAAUGCAAGGUGUCAACACUUUGUGGGGAAGUUUUGAGAUCCGCAAUGCUAGACUGGCUCGUACCAUGCUCCAACAAAUGGCAGGAGUACCUUUGGACUCACAUCUGGAUCAGUUCGACAUGUGGGCAGAUAAAUUUGAAUGUCUUCCUCUUUAUUUUAUGACAUUCCAUGGUCAACAGUCUAUUAAAGUGGUCAUGGAGGCAGUAGAACAUGCUGCUUAUGUGCAUGACAUUGCUCAUGUGAUUAUUGAUAAUGUGCAAUUUAUGAUGGGAAUUUCAGAAGAGGCUAGGCAUGUUGAUAGGUUUUGGAAGCAAGAUGCUAUUAUAGCAAGUUUUCGUGCAUUUUGCACGAAGAAAAAUUGUCAUGUUACAUUAGUAAUACAUCCUAGGAAAGAGAAAGAUAUAGAAGAUCUCACUAUUAACUCUAUUUUUGGAGGUGCAAAAGCCACACAAGAGGCUGAUAAUAUUCUUAUAAUCCAGGAUAAACGGUUGACAUCUGUACGAGGCAAGAAAUACUUGCAGGUGGCUAAGAAUCGCUAUAGCGGAGAUUUGGGUGUCAUGCCAUUAGAGUUUGAUAAAAGCAGUCUUAGUUAUGGACAGAAGAAGAAGAAAGUUCCUGACGAAGGUAGCACUCCAGAACAAACAUAAUGCUUGCUGCAAUACAUAUGAAUUAUAAGUUAACCCAUUCAGUGUUUACAGAUGUGGUGUAUUAUACUGUACAAUGCAAUGGAGACUUUGGCUUAGCAGUGGAAGUGUUAAAGUACAGCUGUGAAUCAGUGUUUUUAAUAUAAUGCUUUAUUUUUUAUGUGAUUUUUAACAAAUUUUUUCUAUGAUUCAUGAUUGUACUUCUGUUUUAAAAUGUUCCUACCAACCUCAAAGAUAUGUGAAUUAAUAAAUUAUGUAUUUCAUACAGAUGCGUCACUGUAU